CUGCCCGGAAACCGAGUAAAGACCACCGCAGCCAUGUAGGUGCCGUUACCGGAGGGGGACGGCAGCGGAGCGGCCAUGGAGAGCGCUGAGGAGAGCGGCGCCGCAGCGCCCCCGCUGCCCACCCUCACCCCGCGGCACCGGCGACUCAUCCCCACGCCCUGCGGCCCCAUAAAACCUUGCUCAGAGUUAUCAUUUCCUGUGAAGAUCUACUUCUGUGUCACUAUUUUGUCUCUGCUAAGUGUAAUAGGGCUAACCAUAGAGACACUCAUUCGACAAACUGAGGAAGAUUUCACCAUUUCUCUUAUUCAGUUAGUUGGAGUUGUGUUCUGUGUAUACUAUGUGACUAGAGGAAUCCUGCAGGAGAAUCGCCAGGAGCUCAUCGUCUUUGUUCUUUCCAUCUUGCUAGUGAUGUUUCGUUCCAUUGUCAACUUCACAGUUCUCUCUGCUGAGCAAAAGCCAAAACUCCUGGCACGCUUCAUUCUCAUCCUCUUGGUUGGCUCCUUUGAUGUGAUCUGUGCCAUCAUCCUCAUUCAGAGUCAAAGCAUGAUGGCCUUUCGAGUAGGUGGUGCUCUUGAAAGCCUACAGUCACAAUACUUCAUGCUGAACCUCUGUUUUUCCAUGUUGACCUUUGAUCUUCAGGCACAGCUCUGCUUAUGUGUUCUGCUGAUAAGCCUGCAUGGGAUUACCCUUCUACAUAACAUCAUCUCAGCAACAGGAGUUCUUUGGGCCUGCCUGAAGGUGACCAUUAGCAUCAUUGCAAUUUUAAAAGAACUGAAACCUCUAGUGUGGAUUUUUCUGAGUCAGAACAUACCCGAAGUGGUUUAUCUCAUCUACCUGCUUUACACGGUGAUAAGGGAGUGGGGCAAAGGGAAUUCUUACACUCUGGAAGCUGCUUUCAUUACCGGCUCUUGCAUUUCUGUUACCAUAAAAUCCGUAUUGUUUUGGGCACUGAUUCAUGUUUACCGCAGCUUUGGGCAGGGGCUGAGAGAAAGAAUGUUUUCUUCCUAUGGAAGGAUCGACUCCUGAGCAUCCCCCUUGGGUUCUACCUGCAGCUCUUACAGAGUAAAAUCGUAGCCGGGGAAGUUCUGAUCAGAAGUACUUGCAUUCAGGAUGUCAGAUAACAGGGCAGUUUCCCCAAGGUUGAGAAGGCUGCUCAGAAUAAAGUCUGUAUGUUUUUUGGUUCAUAUUGUGCUAGGGAACUAUAACAGCGCAGCCGGUAAUUUAGUUUAAAAAGAAAAGUGCACUCGGGAAAUUAGCAGUGAGCCUCUCAAUACAGUGAGUUUUGCUGACAGGACAAUGCAUCUUUCACUCCUUGUUUUCCUUAUGUUGCUUUCUAACCACAGGAGGUUCACAACAUGCAUGUGAAUAAAGAAUGUUGUUAAUAUAAAUGCUGUUUUGCUAGAUAUACACAAACAUAAUAACUUGCACACCCAUCUUGUAUACUUGAGUCUAGAAGUGGAUUGCCCUACCAUCAUUUCUCAACUCAGAUCUGUUGCUGAACAGAGGUUAAGCCCGAAGUUGUUUUGAUGACAGCUAUGUUCCCUAAGCUCUGCUAUGGCUGUGUGAUAGCUUAACCCCAACAGAAUGGCAAGGGCUCUUGUUCCUCCUCUGACUUCAGAUUAUUUCCAUUUUUGUUAUUAUUCAUUUAUUUUAAAUCCCAGCUACACAUGAAAACCACGCCAUAUAAUCUCAUGCCUUCCUCUAGUGUAUCUAACCCAUGUGCCAUUUCAUACACCAGGGUGACUUAAAGUAAGACUUUAAUAUUGUAACUUACAAGUUUGGUAUUUUAUUGAUUGGAAUCUUUAACUACUGGCUGUAUUUUUUAAUAAAGUAUAAACACCA